CGAUUGCUCUCUCUUCUUGUUAUCUCUAUAUUAAAGCUUGCCCUACCCCUCCAUACCUCUAUUCUUUUACACCCACAAAAGCUUUGCCCAACAAAAACUAACAAAUCAAAGUGAUCAUUCAUAUAUAUCUACAAAGAUGAUUCAAGAGCUGUUAGGUGGUGCUGGACUUGAGGGCUUACCAUCUCCUUCACCGUCACCUUCACCUUCACCUUCUUCUUCUACAGCAACCACUCCCACCAGCUCAUCCACCUCUGAAAACCAAAACCUAAGGUGUCCUCGGUGCGAUUCUUCCAACACAAAGUUCUGUUACUACAACAACUACAACCUCACUCAGCCUCGCCACUUCUGCAAGACGUGCCGCAGGUAUUGGACUAAAGGAGGUGCCCUCCGGAAUGUCCCCAUAGGCGGUGGCUGCCGGAAAAACAAGAGCUCCAGCUUAGCAGCACCUGCCGGAAAGGCAAGCGCCACCACAGGACGGUUGAAGACAGUAGUGACACCCGAGUUUGGAAAAUCCGGCCUUGUUACCGGGUCAUCCAAUCCGGUUUUGUGGGCGUCGCCGCAGAAUUCUCAUCUGCUGUCCUUACUGAGAGCUACCCAAAACCCUAAUUCUAAUCCCAUGUCAAAUUCUGUUACUAUGAAGGAAGAAGGUGGUGUUAUGAUGGGAUCCCACAUGGCGUCGGAGUCCGCAGUUCGAACCCUAGGGUUAGAUGCUCUUAGCCUGCAGGUUCCUUCCAUUGGUCUGUGCAGCUCUUUCUGGAGAAACAAUCAACAAGAUCAAGUUCAACAGCAGCAGCAGCAGCAAAUUAACCAUUUUCAUCAACAACAAAAUAAUGGCUUCAAUAUUCAUGGUGCAGAAGCUCAAAAUAGUGGCAUUCAAGAGCUGUAUCAAAGGCUUAGAUCAUCAGCUAAUUAUAACUAUCAUGAUCAUUCACCACUAGUUCUCAGUAAUAUGACUUCUUCGUCUUCGCCUUCUUCGGCCAUUUUGGAGUCAGCUCCAGCAGCUGGAGCUGAAUUGGGUUACUGGAAUCCAACACUUUCAUGGUCUGAUCAUCUACCAACAACUAAUGGUGCAUAUCCUUAAUUAAGAACCUUUUUUUUCCCUUCAUGAGCUAGGGUUUGUUGUUCUUAGGGUGCAUGGUUGUUUGGUUUUGGUACAUGAAUAUGGUUGUAGUAUCAGUCCUUUUUUUUUUUUUUUUCCCCUUCUGUUUUUUGUAUGUGUGUUUAAAGGUGUGUUUGGUUUAAUUAUGAGGGUGUACCAAGGACCAGGAAGUGUUACAAAUGGAAAACAUUAGGUGUUUCUGA